GGCCACUUCACUUUAACUAUAAAAAGAGAAAAUUUUACUCGCCUUUACGGCGAAAUUCUCUGGUCGUUAAAGUCCGUGAGGAAUCGAAAAAACGUUGCCCUAAUCCCAUCCUACACGUCCGACGUCGUUCGUCCCAGCGUAAUUUACUCGGAUCGAUUAAAAAGUCUAACUCUAAAAUUUCGAGCAGUCAAUCGCAAUGGCACGAUAAAGAUUCGGGGAAAACUCAAUGGAAUAAAUUCUUCAGUAAAACCAAGAGUUGUCGUCUAUUCCCCGAAUAAAUUACGGAAAAAGAAAAGGUCGAUUAACCAACUAACGAAAGCGGAAAGAUGUGAUUGUAGAUUAAAAACCAUCAUUGUUGAUUUGAAAGAGAUAUUUGAAUUCGAUUAUGCGAUACGACCACAAACUGUUAAAUUUACAUAUUGCCAAGGAGAAUGUGGAAAUUUUAUAGAACAAUGUGACACAACAAGAAAUGCCGCAAUUAGGAACAAACUAAAAGGAAAUUUACCGAAAGUGAGAUGUGUUGGAACAGCGUACAAACCCUUAAAAUUUUUAGUUUUAACUGCCAAUGGUAAUUUACAAUAUAGUCAUAACAUAUCUAUUAAAAACUUUCAAGCAACUACCUGUGGUUGUUUGUAAUUGGUUUCGUUAGUUAGUACAGUAUUUUAAUUGAAUAACUAACAAAAUGUUUUAUUAUCUGCUAUUUCCAAAACGUACUAAGACAGCUAACUUCCCAGUUGGAAACAAUUGGCAUGUUUAUAGUAUGUAAAUUAAUCAUUUAAAAUUCUAUGCAAAUGAUUAAUUUCCAAUAUAGAAUCACUUCAUAAAAUAGUUAGAUAGUUUAUAUUUACAUUUGUAUAUACAAUACGUUCUGGUAUAAAACUUAUAUAAAAUUAAAUAUUUAGAGGUUUUAUAGUUUUCAAACAUGUGUUGAACUCCUUAUGAGCUUCAUUGUUAACGGUUACUUUCAUUUGAAAUCAAUUUUUACCUGGCGAAACACUCUGAAAGACGCAAUACUAUGUAUAGUGGCGCCGUCUUUAAACUAUUCUCUUUGUGAAUAUUAAAAAUUAAACCUCGAAGAAUGGUUUCUGGCAAAGGUGUUUGUAAUUGUUUUGUCUUUUUCAUCUACUUGAUUACUGCUAUUCAAAUUUCGGUGAUAACUAGUCUUCCGAUUACACCGCUGGCUUGUGGAAAUGACACUUUUUGCAAAAUUACGGAUUAUUGCAACAGAGAGAAUAUUCCUACUUGCUUACCUUGUGAAAUAGUUUGUAGAGAUCCUACACCUCUGUGCUUCAAUUUAUGUCCUCAUGUUGGCUGGUUUGCACAAGGAAAAACUCAGAAUGAGAUUGUUAAGAUUGUGGAUCAACUUGUAGGAUUAAAAGUAAAAAAUACAAAGACUAAUAAUAAUGCUAUCGUUCAUGGAAAGGCUACUCUGGUAGUAAGUGGUAUUGUUGGAGGGAUUUUUAUACUCUUAUUAAUAGGUAUUGGUUUAGCAGUUUAUGGUAUCAUAAAAUAUCUUAAGAAGAAGAAGAAAGAAAAACGAGCAACUUCGACUGGAGUCUUUGCCGAUGGCAAUGAAUGCGAUAAAGGUCAACGACAGCCCUGUUUAUGAGAAUAGGAAUUUUUUUUAUACGCUAAUCCUAUUGAGGCUUAAAAGAAAAAAUGAAAGUUUAUCGUCAUUCGUGAAACAAACUUUUUAUGAUGCCUUAUAUUUGUUUAUAAUAUAUUUUUACUAUGUUUAAAGUAAUCUAAAGAUAGCUAGCUUACGCCUAUAUUAGUAUGCAGUUAGCAAACCGACAUAAUUAUCAUUUGUCAAGAACUGUUGGAGAAGGAUUGAUAAUUGUUUUAUGAGAGAAAGGCUCGCUAGUUACUCCAGCUAUGAACAGUAAACUUCCAGAUGAAAAUCGAAUAAAUCUGUCAUUAACACAUAUAUACUGUCCUAUUUAGUAUAAACUAAUAUUAUGAGAAUAAAUCUUAGAUAUAUUAGUAUGUUGUAGUGAG